AAAAGGAUAGAUCGAGUAAAAAACUAUGUUCACUUCAUGUUGCUACCAUUAAAGAUUGUGGGAUGUUGGGAAUGGUAUCCACACCCCGUAAAUAAACAAAUUUAUGUAAACAAUAUUUAUAUCUGCAUGAUUUUAUUUAUUUUGACUAAUCUACCUUUAUCAUUAGUUGUACACUUGUACACCGAAUGGACGGAUGUAAUGUCAAGUUUGGACAAAAUGGCGGAUGGAAUGCCACUGUUUGUAUCUGUGGCGAUUGUGGCGUAUUUUGCAAUUUAUAAAAAAGAGUUGUAUGAAUUAACCGAGUUUAUGAAUUUUAAUUUUAAAUGGCAUUCAGCCAAUGGACUCACUAAUAUGACGAUGGAAGGGAGUUACAAAUCUGCCAGGAAUUUCGCUUAUUUCUACACAGCUUGCACUUUCUUUAGUGUUGCCAUGUAUGUUGUCUUACCAGUGAUUGGCUAUUUACUCUUCAGUCAUCAACUCCAUCCAUGGAUAUACAAGGACGUCGACGGUGGUCUUUUUAUCUUUUUCGUAUUUUUACGACAAUGUGUAGCUCAAGGGUUUGUGGCUUUAGCUAUGGGGCAGUUGGGUGUAUUUUUUGCAUGCAAUGCAAUUCUUCUCUGUGGCCAGUUGGACUUGCUGUGUUGUUCGUUGCGUAAUAUCCGGUACACGGCCCUGCUCCAAAACAAUGUGGCUCACGAAGCUUUGAAGCUUCAGGACUAUAGCAUUCUUGAGGAUGAACAGCAUAGCUAUACGUACAAUAUUUCGACGGAGACGGAAUUCAACUACCAUUAUGAUGUGGAGAUAUUGCAGCACGGAAAGAAUCGACGAUUCGAUUCAGAAAUCUGA